GCGAGACCAGAUAUAGUGAAUGCAGGGUCCGGGGAGACCAGAUAUAGUGAAUGCAGGGUCCUGGGAGACCAUAUAUAGUGAAUGCAGGGUCCGGGGAGACCGGAUAUAGUGAAUGCAGGGUCCGGGGAGACCGGAUAUAGUGAAUGCAGGGUCCGGGGAGACCGGAUAUAGUGAAUGCAGGGUCUGGGGAGACCGGAUAUAGUGAAUGCAGGGGUCUGGGGAGACCGGAUAUAGUGAAUGCAGGGUCCGGGGAGACCAGAUAUAGUGAAUGCAGGGUCCGGGGAGACCGGAUAUAGUGAAUGCAGGGUCUGGGGAGACCAGAUAUAGUGAAUGCAGGGUCCGGGGAGACCAGAUAUAGUGAAUGCAGGGUCUGGGGAGA